GUGAUAAGUUCAGAAACAUGAGUGAGGAGAAGAAGGCGAUUGUGAGGGAUCUCGAAUUCGGUGGGUUGAUGCACAUCCCACCACUGAGGGUGGAUCACCAACUGUUAAGGGAGCUGGCAAACAACUUCAAACUUGGGGAGAACAGACUGAAAAGAGGAUAUGGUUCUUUCCAAAUAACACCAAAAACAAUAGGUCAUGCGCUUGGCAUCAAUGCAACAGGAGAUCUAUUUCUUGAGAAAGUUGAGUAUAAGAAACUUUCUGAUGAUGACAAAAUAAUUUUUAGAAGAUUCCAGGGUAAGACCCUCAAAAGUCUUACCGAUGAAAUGAUGGAAAUCGGCGUUGGCAACGAAGAGGAACGCCUGAUGUUCAAGAGGAUAUUCAUCCUCUAUAUACAGAUGGCCUUCCUUUUGCCAACGACGAUAAACAAAAUAUCAUUUGUGCACUUGGCCCCAAUUUUUAAGAUGGACGGCAUAUCGGAGAGAAACUGGGGGGGGCAUGUUUUGACCUUCAUGGUCAAGGGCAUCACAGACUACAAGGAGAAAAAGAAGAAGACAAUUGAUGGCUGCCUCUUCGCCCUGAUGAUAAUUUACUUUCAUCUUUCAAAAAACAAAGGCAAGAAGAGGGCUGAAAGACCACCAAAGCCCUGGAUUGCCAACUGGACUAAGGAGGAGUUGGUGGAAAGAAUGACUGCAGAAAGAGAGGAAAUUUUGGGGAUUGUGAAGAUGGCGGAGACAAGAGCAAGAGAAAAAAUGAAAAAAAAGGAAAAAAAAGAAAAAAAAACAAGAAAUCAAAAAAACAAAAAAAAGGAAGGCGAGUUCAACAUCGUCUUUGGAGACAGAAACAACUACUGACAGUGACACUUCUACCUCUAAGUCUGAGACUCAAGAAGACUCAGAGGAUUCAGGAAGAAAACACCGCAGCAAAAAGGGGAAAAAAAUGGACUCCAGAAAAAGAAAGAAGAGUCAAGAGGAGUCAGAUUCUAAUUCAGAAUCUGAAUCUGAAUCUGAAUCAAGUGAUGAGAGCGAAGAAUCAUCACCGGUGGAGAAGGAAAAGAAAAAGAAAAAGACAAAAACAACACCAAAAAAAACACAACCAAAAAAGAAAAAAGUUGUUGUGGAGGAUUCACCUCCUAAAGAAGAUCAAUACUUUGACGGUGAGAGAUAUGAAAUAUCAAGUGACGAACUGGAUGAAUGGCUAAGGCAAAACGUUGAUAAAUCUGCUGCAGAGGGGAGAACCAAGCUGACCUGCGAUUGACAGAAGCUCACUAUGUGUCCUCUGAAACAAUAUCGGCUGUGAACUUGGGAAGUGAUGAUCCUUCCUCUCAAGGACGCACAAAACAGAGUAGUGUAAACCAGCCGUCACAGAGCAUGUUGAGUCUGUCUGAUUCGAAUAUGAUGGUUGUGAGGGAACAGACACCGUCGGAAGCGCUUGCAAUAGUCCCGAUUCAGGUUUUUGCGCCGGCAUCCCAAACAACCACUGAGACAAAUUUUGAACCAACCCCUAUGCUACAGAUUGAAGGGACUACAGAAACCACUCCUGAAACCGCUAAACAACUUCAAGAGACCACACCCACGAUUCCCCCAGCUCCAACUAAAAUUUAUCCAGCCGCAGAAGACGCUGCUGCCCUGUUGAUGAUGGCACGGACAGCAACCUAUAUUCCUAAAACAGAUCCAGGGGUGCCAUCAUUCAGCCUUAGAUUGACUGAUUCAAGCCAGGAGGGGGCGUCAACGCAGGAGACAGAAAGGGCAAAAUCUCCUGAAGCUGCAAAUUUGCUAGAACAAUUGGACGAUUUGGUCCAAAAAAUAGCAAGCAGUGCGGCGAAGGGAAAAAACAAAAGUCCACAAAUUCAGAGGGAGACUGGGGGAGAAAGUUCUGCGAAUUUUGAAACUCCUGGGGCAAUAAAUCAGAUUACGGAUGAUAUGAAACAAAAGUGCUACAUCUGGGGGACGAGACUGAAGGAAGACGCAGAUGGCAAUACUAACGAGUAUGAGGAGAUGUGCACUCUCAUUGCCCAACAUGAAUACAUUUUGAUGAGAAUGCACCUUGCAUCCCUCCAGGCAAAAAGUGAUAUAGAAUCUCAGAUUGUAUCUGCCAUCUGCCUCAUCCUCAACCAGAAAAAUGAAAAGAGGUUUCAAGAACAAAUAUACUGUCUCCCCCCCAAUAUUGUGAGCAUGGCACUUUCGGAUCACCCAGAGGGGGAAUUCAUAUCACCGAAAACGAAUAAGGAAUUCAGGGUGGAAGACUACCCGAGUUUUAUUCCCUUCAUAGAUAGAAAAAAAUUAACUUCGCAUCCAUAUAUUUUUGCACCUGUUUGCCACUCGGGGCAUUGGUGGUUAUGGCUGAUAAAUACAACGAAGCGGAAAUGUCAUAUACUUGACCCGCUACACAAAAAAGCUCCAACCGAAGAGAGAAAGCAGAUUAAUAAAUUCACUAGAUAUGUAUUUUCAAGAUUGAGAGCAUAUGCCGGCGGGGAACCUCUGCAGAAAGACGAGAAGGAGAAGGAAAUUAAAGCAUCAUAUGUUAAAAUAUCAGGCCAAAAAACAAGCUAUGACUACGCUAUCUACGUUAUGAAGUGGCUUGAGUUAAUUGAGCCGGAAAACAUUAAAAAGGGGAAGUAUAACUGGGAUAAUUGGAAACAGGAGGAGGUGGACCACUAUAGAGUGGAGUAUGCUUCCCGGAUACUAUUUAGUGAGAUGAAUAAACAGAGAGAUCGGACAAUUAGAGAGAGUAGUGCUAUAAGGCUGUCGAAGCCAUCCUCUGUAUUAUUGAGUCCGUUUUGUCAGAUAAAUUCUGCUGAUAUAGAAACUGCGUAAUCCAACUGCUGGGUAGUUUGUAAAUUCAACAAAUGAUGUAAAUAUUUGCCAUUUAUCAACAACUUCUAUUCCAUGUAUAUUUUUUUCCAUAGU